CGGCUGGGGCUGCGGGGGCGGCGACGGCGGGAGCGGCAGUGGCGGCGGCGGCGGCGGGUCCGGAGGUGGUGGCAGGUGGCCCCGCGCGCGGCGGCCGGCCCGGCCGGGGGCGGGCGGGAAGGUGGCGCCUCGGGCGGGGGCCGGUCCCUGCACCAGGUGACCUGUUCCGGCCCGGAUCCGGGCGGCCUCGCCAUGCAGCGGCGCGGCGCGGGGCUUGGGUGGCCGAGGCAGCAGCAGCAGCAACCCCCGCCGCCCGCGGUCUGCCCCCGGGCCGCAGCCAUGGCCCCCACGAGUGGCGGCGUCCCCCCGGGCCUCGGCGGCCGCCCUGCCUGCGCGCUGCUCCUCCUCUGCUACCUGAAUGUUGUACCGUCUUUGGGUAGGCAGACUUCCCUGACGACGUCAGUGAUGCCCAAAGCUGAGCAGAGCGUGGCUUACAAAGACUUUAUUUAUUUUACUGUCUUUGAAGGAAAUGUUCGCAACGUUUCUGAAGUCUCGGUUCAGUAUUUAUGCUCUCAGCCUUGCGUUGUCAAUUUGGAAGCAGUUGUUUCAUCUGAGUUCAGAAGUAGCAUUCCCGUGUACAAAAAAAGGUGGAAGAAUGAGAAACAUCUUCACACCAGCAGGACACAAAUAGUACAUGUGAAAUUUCCAAGCAUUAUGGUUUACAGAGAUGAUUAUUUCAUCAGACAUUCCAUCUCUGUAUCUGCAGUGAUAGUACGCGCCUGGAUUACUCACAAAUACAGUGGCGGAGACCGGAAUGUUAAAUGGGAGGAAAACUUGCUCCAUGCUGUAGCAAAGAAUUAUACCCUCCUGCAGACCAUCCCGCCUUUUGAACGCCCUUUCAAAGAUCAUCAAGUGUGCCUUGAGUGGAACGUGGGUUAUAUUUGGAACCUUCAGGCAAACAGGAUUCCACAGUGUCCUCUGGAAAAUGAUGUGGUUGCCCUGCUUGGCUUUCCUUAUGCCUCCAGUGGAGAAAACACAGGCAUUGUCAAGAAGUUCCCGAGGUUUCAAAACCGAGAGCUGGAGGCCACUCGACGCCAGCGGAUGGAUUACCCAGUGUUUACUGUUUCAUUGUGGCUUUAUUUACUCCAUUAUUGCAAGGCCAACCUCUGUGGGAUUCUGUACUUUGUCGACUCUAAUGAGAUGUAUGGCACACCUUCUGUAUUUCUUACGGAAGAGGGCUACUUGCAUAUUCAGAUGCAUCUUGUCAAAGGGGAAGACCUUGCUGUAAAAACUAAAUUCAUCGUACCUUUGAAGGAGUGGUUUCGACUGGAUAUCUCUUUUAACGGAGGCCAGAUAGUAGUAACCACUAGCAUUGGACAGGAUUUGAAAAGCUACCACAAUCAGACCAUUAGCUUCCGGGAGGAUUUCCAUUAUAAUGACACAGCUGGGUACUUCAUUAUUGGAGGGAGCAGGUAUGUGGCUGGCAUUGAAGGGUUUUUUGGACCUCUGAAGUACUAUCGCCUUCGCAGUCUGCACCCCGCCCAGAUUUUUAAUCCCCUCCUUGAGAAGCAACUUGCUGAACAAAUCAAGUUAUAUUAUGAAAGGUGUGCUGAGGUUCAAGAAAUAAUAUCUGUGUAUGCAUCUGCAGCACUGCGCGGGGGUGAGAGACAAGAAGCAUGCCACCUCCAUAACUCCUACCUGGACCUCCAGCGCAAGUAUGGGAGACCCUCGAUGUGCAGAGCCUUCCCCUGGGAGAAGGAGCUGAAAGACAAACACCCCAGCUUGUUCCAGGCAUUACUGGAGAUGGAUUUGCUGACCGGUAAUAUGGAUCAUCUGCUCACUAUCUCAGCCAACAACACACUUCAAAGCAGAGAUGAGAACAUUGCAGGGGGUAGAGAGUGGGGAGGCCUUGGCUUCAUUAACAGCCAGUGGGAAGUGGAAGAGUGUCCUCCACGUUCCCGUCCAGUGAGGUCUACCAGGAUGCUGUUUGCCAGCUUUCUGCUGUCAACAGCAGUAGACCAGAAUCCUGCUCAGGUCUGUGCACACUCAUUUACAAAAGAAUUCCAGAAAUGUAGCCGUCAUAGUUCUUGCUUUCAUACCAUCUGUAAUCUAGUUGCUGAGAUAUACAGGUUCCAAGAUGUAAAGCAGCCCCGAGGUACCUGCAAACCCAGCUCAGGACCCGUGUACUGGGUGCAUCCCAGCAUGGUGCCAGGCCCUGGGGCGACCACAAUGAAAAUCGUGGACCAGCCCACACACAACUCUGUGCCAGAGAAGAGAGGCGAUGAGGACUGGGCUGGUGAGAGCCUGCAGGGAUGGCAGUGGCAGGCCGGGCUCUUGGUUGUGGCGGGGAGCAGUAAGGAAGGACACAAAGGCACUGAACAGAUGCGCAUACAAACGGUGACCUUAUGGUAUUACUGUGAAAAAGGGAAAAAAAGCAAAAUAAGCGAUUCUGGGCUACAUGGAAAAUCGCAUGAAGCUUUGCUGUAUUAUGUUUUAGCAGCAGAAACUGGAAUUGAAGUGUCACAGACAAAUUUAGCACACAUCUGUGAGGAGAGGCCAGACCUGGCCAGGAGAUACUUGGGUGUUAACUGUGUUUGGAGAUACUAUAAUUUCUCUGUUUUCCAAAUCGAUGCUCCUUCCUUUGCAUAUUUGAAGAUGGGAGACCUUUACUACUAUGGCCACCAAAACCAGUCACAAGACCUGGAGUUGUCUGUGCAGAUGUAUGCCCAAGCCGCCCUGGAUGGAGACUCCCAGGUAAACAGCAACCACAACAAAAACCAGCUCUUGGCCAGGCGCGUAUUCAGCACCUGCUGUGCAUGUGUCUCUGCAGCGAGCGAUCCCCCUCCAAGACCAUCCCAGGCCUCCCCAGACACUGCCACGUCCACUGCAAGUCCAGCUGUGACUCCAGCUGCAGAUGCCUCUGACCAAGACCAGCCCACAGUCACUAAUAACCUGGAGCCACGUGGGUGAACUGUCCACUCCGGUUCUCUCCGGAUGAGAGAGAAUCCUUUCAACAGCUGAUAUUGGGAAGCUGGGGCCAGGGCAUGAUCCUGAUAAACACCUUAAAUGUCUUGUCAACUGGAUGCAAAUUUUGCAAUUGGUGUCCUUUUUUUUAAAAGUCAAAUUACAAGGAAGUACCCAGAUCAGGCAGUGGUAAUCCCAAAGGUCAUCAAACACAUACAAGGAACAUCUUGAUCAUAGGGCAUGUGGGGAGGGCUACUGGGUCAUCACAGCCUUUAUUCCAGUGAUUGUAUGUAUUAGGAGUCACAGCUUGCCCUGUGGCAGAUCUGGAUUCUUAUACACUAAGAUGUGUCUUAAGAAUCGUCGUGCGUGGUUCAUUCCUUUAUCAAAGAACAGAAAGUUAUGACUACUCUACAGGGUAGAUAAUAUUUUGGUACCUGUGUUUGCCACAGCCCUGUUCCUCAAAGCCGAAUUGAUAGAUUUCUCUUUGACUUCCAAGACCGAGCAGUUAUAAGUCACCUUGAAGUAAAUUGUUUAUGCCUGGAAAUGCAGGGAGGGCGAUAGCUUUGUAAAUUGGUUUACAUUUUUCUCCUUGAAUUUGUCUAGGGUCGCAGCGCUUCCGAAUCAUUUAAUGACAUUGUAGGAUAUCUUUUACAUUUCGAUUGCAAUCCAUGAAAUUACAUUUAGAAGAUUCUUAGUACUUAACUGUAGUCUUCUCCAUGAAUUACCCAUUAGAAUAGACCGGCAGCAACGGAAUAUGCAGAAAGUAAGCCUUUAGCUUAUAGUUUCAUCCCUACCCCUUAUGCCUGCCUGAGUCGUACAGGGAUGUGUGUGUGUGUGUGUGUGAGAGAGAGAGAGAGAGGAAGAGAAAGAGCAGAAUGUCUGUAUACUACAUGCUGCUAAGGUAGUAAAUAAAUCAGUAAUGCAAUAUUGUGGGUCCAAACUACUCUUUGCACUACUUUAUUUACAGUAGUAAAUAAAAUUAUUUUUAUACAAUUGA